UGUGUGUGUGUUUUAUGAAUGACUAUGACAGUACUCCAUGAUAAUCCAGUUAGAUUACCUCAACAACAUCAACAAAACGAAGAGUAUAAUACAUCAGAAUCUGAAAAAGAAGAAGCUUAUGAUAUAACAGAAUUUGAUUUAGAUGUAGUUGAUGAUGCUUUAUUAAAUCCUGAUAGGUCUGAAUAUUUAGACCAUUUUGGUUUCAAAAUUCAUGUGAAAACGGAUGAUGAAUUAUCAAGUGACGAUGAAUCAGAAGUUAGUAUUUAUGAUGACGAAGAUCCAUCUUCAUUAGAGAAACAAAAUAAAGAACAAGAUUCAACAAAAACAAAUAGAUUGAACGUUUCAUCUUCUACAACUACCAUGACAAGUGAUGAUGACUCUAUUGAUACUAACAUAACAACACCCCAUCCUGGUCAUGAUCAUGAUGACCAGAAAUGGUUAUCAGAAAAUGUAGGAAAAGACGACUAUGAUGAUAUAUCAUCUAUAAACACAUUGCCUCAUACAAAAGAUUCUACUAAUUGUGACAAUCAUCCAAUCAAUGAUAAAGAAGUAUUAUCUAACACAGUACCCAUUUUAAAAUCACCACCAUCUGCACGUUCAGAUAAACAAAAAGAAAGUCAAGCGAAAACAAGUCCGUCAUUUCCUCCAUCAGAUACCCAACGUAGCAAUAGCAUUAAAAAGUCAACAACAAACCGACAAAGCAUUCUUUCAACGUUAAAUAAACCGUUUAAUAAAAAGUCUUCGCCUUCCUCUAAAAGACCUUCUUCAACGUCUUCUCCUCAAUCACCUGUCAUCCUCUCUCGUCCCUCACAAUCCUUCCAACAAAGACAAAGUAAGCGUUAUUCUGAAGCUUACUAUCUUCAUCAACAAAUGGUAAAUGCGCCACGGUCAUCUGCUGCUAGUAAUUACCAGCAUUUCGAUGAAUUAAUUUCGAAAUUUAGAAAAUUUUCUCAUAAUGACCAUCGAUAUGAUUCUGAAAAGCAUACGCUAUUAAAAGAAAAAGCAUUAGAAGAAUUAAAAUUGAAUAAAAGUGAAGAGGAGAAUGAGACAAAGAUAGAUUGGGGCUUUUGGGAGUUGGUCAUUCUAGAUUUUGGCAGUGUGAUUGAUACUCAAAUGGAUGAUUUACGUCAACAUUUAAUUCAAGGUGGUAUUCCUUCAUCUAUUCGAGGCUUACUAUGGCAAAUUAUUUCCAAAUCUCAUGAUAGCUUUGAUAUGGAAAUAGAAUAUAAAGAAAUUCUUAAAAAGUCCACUAGUCCUUUUGAGAAACAAAUUCGUAGAGAUAUAACAAGAACAUUUCCUCAACAUACUUAUUUUAUGCAAGAAGCUAAUAGACAAGCUUUAUUUAAUGUAGCUAAAGCAUAUAGUAUAUUUGAUCAGGAAGUUGGUUAUUGUCAGGGACUUGCAUUUAUCAUUGGCUGUUUAUUGCUGCAUAUGUCUGAAGAAGCUGCUUUCUGUGUACUUAUUAAAUUGAUGGGUAAAUAUGGUCUACGUGGUCACUUUACACCUCGAAUGGAAAUAUUACAUCAACAUAUGUAUCAGUUUGAUCAUGUAUUUCAGCAAAAGUUACCUGUUGUUCAUCGUCAUGUGGAGAAUGAAGGUGUGACACCUUCGAUGUAUGUCUCACAAUGGUUUAUUACUUUAUUUGCCUAUCGUUGCCCUAUUGAAUUAUGCUUUAGAGUCAUCGACUUACUGCUUAUUGAAGGCGCACAGGUACUUAUUCAAAUAGCACUGGCCCUUGUCAUUCGAAAUCAAGAGCAGCUUUUGAAACUAAAGUUUGAAGCCCUUGUGGAUUUCUUAAGUAAUCAAAUCUUUAAUAUCUAUGAUGAAAAUGAUGGAAAUAGAUUUAUUGAAGAUGUCUAUCGAGUUGAGUUACCAGCGAAAUUUAUGGCACGACUUGCUCAACAAUAUACUAUGGAUGAAGAAGUACGUGAAUCAAGGCAAUCCAUGUCACAAGAAGACAAUUUAAGGAGAAUCAAUGGACAACUCUCUGAACAUAUUCGUUCUGUUGAGGGCUCCUUACAAGUAUUACGAGUAGAAAAUCAAGAUCUAACACAGCAAAUCAUUCAUAGUAAAAUGGAUUUAGCUCGUGCUGAAGAUGAGAAGGAAGAACUACGUCACGAACUUGGUCAACUAAAAGCUGAAUUUGAGAAAUAUAAAAAGAACGCUGAUAAAGAACGAAAGGAACUUGAAGAUAGAAAUAAUUCCUUAGAGAAACAAUUACUUGAAACUGAAUCCAUGCUUAUAGAUUUCAAAGUCUCUUUUGCUGAAAGAGAAAAUGAAUUUGAAACAUUAAAAAGACAACUUCAAACAGCAGAAGCAAGUGUGAAUGGACGCUCAGUAUUUUCUGAUAAUGGACAAAGUUAUAAUUUACAAAGAGAUUAUCCACAUAGACUCAACUUUUAUUUGAAGCCUCCACCUGUUGAAAUAACUAUUGAAGAAUUUGAACAGUUUGCACUCGAUCGAUUAAAAGUUUUAAGAGCUGUUGAAGCUGCUUCUAUACGUAAUGAAGAUUUGAAAUUAGAAAUUUCAAAAACUGUAGAUCAGUAUUUACCUCUUAGAUCCAACUUAUCAAAAUCAGAAGAGCUUUAUGAAGAAAGACGUAAAGAUCAUAUUAGUCAUUUUGUCUUGAGAAUGGCUUAUUGUAGAAGUGAGGAUUUACGUGAAUGGUUUUUAAAUCAAGAAACAGCCUUAUUUAAAUAUAGAUUUGAACAGGAAUCAUUUGAAGAGAAAAAGAAAUUUUUACAACAAUUAGAUCUGAAUUGGAAGAUGUUAACAGAUGAAGAAAAAGAGAGUAUGAGAGAAGAAUUAGAAAUAUGUUCAAAACCUAAAACAGGUGUAAUGGUUGAAGAUUAUGUUUCAAAUGAAACUUUUUUUGAGGUUGAUUUUGAGAAAGUGCCAUAUAUGGUUUCGAAUAGAUCAGUUUAUGUAAAAGGAGGAAAAGCAUAUGUACCUAUGAAUGAUCAAAUCAAUAUUGUCAUGUUGGAGUUUAAAAAUCAUUUGUCAGAAGCGUUAGAAGCAAUAAGUAAAUUGUUACCAAGAUUAGAAGAAGACGAUAGAUUAAAACCUAUUUUACUAAACGUUGAAAAACAAUAUACUGGAAGGACAUAUAAUGAUUACGCUGUCACAAAUGGGACAAUUACAGCUAAAGAUGUGGAACCAUUGGUUCAGCGUCAUGCACCUUUAUGUAUGCGUAAUUUACAAGAUGCUCUAAAAGCAAAUAAGCAUCUUAAACAUGAUGGAAGAUUACAAUAUGGAUUAUUCCUGAAGGGUAUUGGAUUAUCUGUUGGAGAGGCACUUAUUUUCUGGAGAACUGCUUUCUCGAAUAUAACUGAUGAUAAAUUUAGAAAAGAAUAUGCAUAUAAUAUUCGUUAUAACUAUGGUCUUGAAGGAAAACGUGUUAAUUAUAGUCCUUACAGUUGUAUGAAGAUUAUUACAAGCAAUCCACCCUCUGUAGGUGAACAUCAUGGAUGUCCUUUCCGACAUUUUUCACCUAGUAAUCUCGAAGCUAGAUUACGUAAAGAUGGUAUCAGUGGAGGGCAUAUACAAGAAAUUCUUGAACUAGCACGUAAUAAGCAUUAUCAAUUAGCAUGUACUCGACAUUUUGAAGUAACGCAUCCCGAAAAUAAGGAAAAAAUAGACAUCAUUGAACAUCCUAAUCAAUACUAUGAAUUAAGUAAGAAACUAGCAGAAAAAGUAGAAGAGACGUCAUUAGAAGAUUCUAUGGAAGUUGAUGCAUAAUAAAAUAAAAUAAUGUCAUAUUAUAGAUUUUCUCCCCCCCCCCUCCUCCUCCUCCCCUUCCUCCAUUUAUCUAAAGUAUUUUAAAUAUACAUAAUAGGAUGAUUGCGUUACACGACUAUUUGUUGACAUAGAAACGUCAAUCUCUAAUAAUAAUAUGGAGGGUGAUUUCCAUUUUAAAGCAGCCAUACUAUAUAUAGCAACUUUAUAUAAUAUAAUUUAAAGAAUUGUAACAAAUUUAAAUAAAAAAUAGAAUACGCUUC